CAUAACGCCAAGUCUCGCGAGAUCCGGUAUCCAGAGCAUAGUGGCGACGAGAGUUGAUGUGGGACGGAGUUAGUUUGUGUUGUCGAAGAAGGAGGAAGGGAAAGAGAUCAGAGAGAGGGGGGGGGUCGGCAAUAGAACAGUGCGAGUGUGAGAGCAAUCGGGGGAAUCCAAUAUGGCAUCGGGCGACACGCUCUACAUCGAAACAGACGGCUCAGAGAUGCCGGCUGAGAUAGUCGAACUCCACGAAAUAGAAGUGGAGACCAUACCGGUGGAGACCAUCGAGACGACGGUGGUCGGCGGAGACGAUGACGACGAGCACCACCAGCCCAUGAUCGCCCUACAGCCGCUAGUCACAGACGAUCCGAACCAGGUUCACCAUCACCAAGAGGUGAUCUUAGUGCAGACACGGGAAGAGGUAGUCGGUGGAGACGACUCAGACCUCCGUGCGGAUGACGGUUUCGAGGACCAAAUCCUUAUACCCGUCCCGGUCCCUGCAGCCGAGGAGGAAUAUAUCGAGCAGACUCUGGUUACCGUAGCCGGGAAGAGCUCUUCGGCGGGCAGAAUGAAGAAAGGGGGAGGCGGCAGUGGGAAGAAAGCGGGUAAAAAAAGCUACCUUAGUGCAGCAGAGGCCAGCGGAAGAAAAUGGGAACAGAAACAAGUGCAAAUAAAGACUCUGGAAGGGGAGUUUUCAGUUACAAUGUGGGCAUCAGAUGACAAAAAGGACAUCGACCAUGAGACUGUGGUGGAGGAGCAGAUAAUUGGGGAGAACUCCCCCCCGGAUUACUCUGAGUACAUGACAGGGAAAAAACUCCCCCCGGGGGGCAUCCCCGGCAUCGACCUCUCAGACCCCAAACAGCUGGCAGAGUUUGCCAGGAUGAAUAUUAGGGGUAAAAAUGGACUGGGGGUAGGGUGGCUGACAGGAGAUCCCACCCUGGAAGAGGCUGACAGACUGACCGUUCUCACCCCACCCCUCCACCACAGGAUGAAGCCACGGAAAAUAAAGGAGGACGACGCACCUCGUACGAUAGCGUGCCCCCACAAGGGAUGUACGAAGAUGUUCAGGGACAACUCGGCAAUGAGGAAGCACUUGCACACUCACGGGCCACGUGUCCACGUGUGUGCGGAAUGCGGCAAAGCCUUCGUGGAGAGCUCCAAGCUGAAGCGACACCAGCUCGUUCACACCGGCGAGAAGCCUUUCCAGUGUACGUUUGAGGGCUGUGGAAAGCGGUUUUCCCUGGACUUUAAUUUGCGCACCCAUGUGCGGAUCCACACCGGAGACCGCCCCUACGUCUGCCCCUUCGACGGCUGCAAUAAGAAGUUCGCCCAGUCCACCAACCUGAAGUCCCACAUCCUAACACACGCUAAAGCCAAAAACAACCAGUGAGCCAGCCGGGGGCAGUGGCCAGGAGAGGAAGGCGCAGGAGGCCAAGGCUCUCACACAGUACCCUGUACACAGCAGCAUCUUAACGCAAGUGUUCAGAAAAAAAGAAGUCCGAGAUCCCCUUUGUACAUUGUUUCUAGGAAAAAAAAGUUUUAAAGAAAUUUACCUUAAAGACUUUUUGAUAAGUAUGGAAAUGGGAAAAAUGAACUGUAGAGAUUAAGCUAACCUUCCCAUUUAGCUCUAUGAGAAGCUAUGUUGCUGGUGUUCGUCAAAACCCACUGGUUCUGGUUACCUGGCACUCUAUUCACCAUGAUGGACUUCGCACCUAUACCCAGAUGGUUACACCUCCCAAAGAAAUCAAUUGGUCACCCCUUUGCAUAGAAAGAUCAUUUCUUUUUAAUUUUGUAUUUUUUUUCCCAAGUGUGCAUAUUGUACACUUAUUUUUGGGAUAUGCUUAGUGAUGCUAUGUGUGAUUUAUUUUUUCCCUGAAGAUUGAAAUCUGCUUGUGAUGGUUCUUCUUGGAAGAGAAUUGGCAGUUACUGUACUACAUGCAUACUUUGAAAGUUUUUUUCCCUUCCCUGUAAAAAGUUAGUUUUAUUUUAUUUUUUUGUUUCUUUGGGUGUAUUCUUUACCGUUAACUCAUUUUUGUAUAAUUGUAUCGUACAGCCGUAUUGAAAUCAUGUAGACUUAAUAGCAAUGUGAUUUAGAUAGUGUUAACCGAUUAAAAACCAUUUUAGUCACGACACUUUUAUUUCUCCUGCUGUACUGCCAGACGCAAAAAAAUUGAAGUGUAUGUUUUUUCCCCCCUUACACUGCAAAGCCUGUCCUUCGUUACACAUCACAAGAAAACAGAAACGUGGUGCUCCGCUGCAGUUAGAAUGUAUUGUACAGGCAGCAUUAAUUAACCCUUGUUAAUAUGUACAUCCCGUGUAUUUCAGCGACCAGCAAUAAAACGAUGGUCCUAAAAGCGCUUAUUAGAAGUUUACAUUUUAGACGAUGCCUAUUCUUUUAUGGUUAAAGAAAAAAAAAAAAGAAAAUCUCAGAUACAGAUAUGUGAUGGACGAGGUAACUUUUUUUUUAUGCCGUUUCAAUGUGCAGUUUCCUUUUUGUUGUGAUGUUCUUGCUGCCCUAGUUUGAAAAUGUUGGUAAAUAAAAAGGGACUGUUCCAUUGUUA